UACGGGCUGCGAGCCCGGGGACAGGGCUGUGCCCUGGUGCAGGUGACUCUGCGCUAUAACAUCCCACCCCCUCCGAGCGCUGGGACCCUCGAGCUCCGCGUGGAGACACAGCCCGGGGAGUGCACGGGGGAUGCCAGGGCUGGAUUCCGCCUCCUCCUGCGGGCACGGUACACGGGGAAACGUCUCUCCACCAAUAUGGUAGUCAUCGAGGCUAAGUUGCCCUCUGGCUACAUCCCGGAGAAGAGCUCCGUGGUGGAGCUCAAGAGGCAGAGGCUGGUGAAGAAGGUGGAGGUGCAGCCUGAGCAGGUGACAGUUUACCUGGACCAGCUGCCGAAGGAGGAGGAGACCUUUGCCUUCGUAGCCAAGCAGGACUUCCCAGUGAGGAACCUGCAGCCAGCCACUGUGACACUCUAUGACUACUACGAGACAGGUGAUCGUGUGGAUGCUGCCUACAGUGCCCCUUGCAGCUCAGAGGCUGAUGGACAGGAAAACCUCUAA